AUGUCCCAGUCAACUCCCUCCCAAUCCACGCAAACUCCAGAUGCCGCCGCCACCCAAGUCGCCGGACACCCCUCCUCCCAUCCCUCCCGCACCGCCGAACUCUCCGGUCUUAAAGUAAGACUCCGCGCCGCUCUGCGCCAAUUCCCCGACUUCCCGUCUCCUGGCAUUCUCUUCGAGGAUAUUCUUCCUAUCUUCGCCGAUCCUACCCUGCACGAAGCCCUCCUCCGUUGCCUCGAACUGUACAUCCUCGAAACCCACGGUAACCAGAAGCCCGAUGUUAUCGUUGGACUGGAGGCUCGAGGCUUCCUUUUCGGUCCCAGCUUGGCCUUGAGACUUGGCGCUAGCUUUGUCCCUGUUCGCAAGAAGGGUAAGCUGCCCGGUCCUUGUGAGACCCAAGGCUACGAGAAAGAGUACGGCCAGGACUUUUUCCAGAUGCAAGCCGAUGCCAUCAAGCCCGGCCAGAAGGUUAUCGUUGUCGAUGACAUUAUCGCAACCGGCGGCUCUGCCUACGCUGCCGGAGAGCUCAUCAGGAAAAUGGGCGGAGAGCUCAUGGGAUUCAUCUUCAUUCUGGAGCUGGAGUUCCUCAAUGGACGGGAUAAGCUCCCUGCCCCGGUGUACACUCUUCUCUCCGGUCAGGAGACUAAAUAUCUGUGA